UAAUACACUAUUAUUCUACUAAUAAACCAACAAGACAUCAACAUCUCCCAAAUUUCCAAGAACCUUCAAUCCAACUAAAGCAAUCAAAAGUCCGAGUCAAUGGAAAAAGAAUUCAUCUUUGAAUUCUUUAAACACUACCCACCAAUGCCAUCUUCCUUAAAUCCACCAAUCUCCAUCGUUAAACCAACAAAAAGAUCAAUCAAAGUUCAUCCAAUCUAAUAAUCUGAAAGGAUCUUGAAAAAGACCAAGAAAUGGCCAGUGUUCGGCUCGGAGAAAACGUAGGAAUUCGAGAAGAAAUAAUCAAGAAAGCCUGUUCAAUGGCCAUGAAAGCUCAUAAGUAUGCUGGAAAACAGUUAUUUGUUUCGGAAAAGAUUAAGUCAUCUUCUGAAGUUGUUUUUAGCUUCCCGGGAUCUUGGUCUGUGAGUGAUUGGUUUAGUAGAGGUGAAGUUAAAGUGGAUCUUCAGGUGUUGCCUUCUCUUAAACAAGUUGGUCUUAAUCAUGCUGCUACUGUUAAUGAAGCUUUUAUGAUGAGAUUUAAAGCUCUUUUGGCUCAUCCUCAGUUCAGAAAAGAGGUAGGAGCAGCUGCUACGGAAGGAAAACAGGUAAUGUUUACUGGGCAUUCUUUAGGAGGACCAGUGGCUAUGCUUGCUGCCAUCUGGUUCUUGGAGGAGUACAUAAGACCAGACCCGACCAAAAGGCCACCCCUUUGUAUCACUUUCGGAUCUCCCCUUGUUGGCGAUCGCCUAUUCAGCCAUGCGUUAAGGCGCGAAAACUGGUCUCGCUACUUCAUUAAUUUCAUCAUGAAACACGACAUUGUUCCGCGGAUAUCAUUCACUCCUCUGUCGUCCAUCGAGCAGCAACUGAAGCUAAUUCUCAGUUUCCUCAGUUCAAAAUCCCCUCAAGUACCUGUGAAUGAAGCUGUGAUGUUUUUUGUAACUGUAAUGAGGAAUGUGUCGUCAGUAGCGAGCCACGCUGCCUGUAAGAUAAUGGGGAAUACAAAUCUUCUGUUGGAGGCCAUAUCGAACUUCAUCGAGCUGAGUCCUUAUAGACCCUUCGGAACCUAUGUCUUCUGCACGGGAAAUGGGAAACUCGUUGUCAUAAGGAACCCGGACGCUGUUCUACAACUGUUGUUCUAUACCUCUCAGUUGAACUCCGAAACAGAACUUCCAGGGGUUGCCCAAAGUAGCAUAAAAGAUCACCUGAGGUACAAAGAUGAACUGGAAGAAUGCUUACAAAUAAUGCAAACCGUAACUUGUUUCGAAAACCAUCAAUUGGAAAUACUUCCAUUAUCUUCCGAUGAUGUAAGCUCGGAAAGUAAUUCAGCUUUGAAUGACUUGGGCUUGAGUGCUAGAGCUCGAUUGUGUCUGCGGGCUACAGCAGAAUUGGAGAAACAAAAAAACAAUUACCAGAGAGAAAUAGACAAAAAGAUGGCGGACAUCGAGAACGGAAUAAAAAAUCUAGAAGGCUACAAGAAGAGAUGCCAGCAUAAAGCAGGAUACUACGACGCCUUCAAGAUUUCCGACGAAAAGGAAGAUUUUGACGCUAACGUCGAGAGGCUGAAACUGGCAGGACUAUGGGAUGAGAUAAUCGAAAUGCUGAAAAGGUACGAACUCACCGACGAAUUUGAAGGCAGAAAGGCAUGGAUUGACAUCGGAAACAGAUACCGCCGCAUGGUUGAACCCUUAGACAUUGCUAACUACUAUAGGCACCUGAAGAAUGAAGAUACAGGACCUUAUAUGGAAAGGGGAAGACCUAAAAGGUACAAAUGCGCUCAGAGAUGGCGGGAACAUACGGAUAGAAUGUUGACAGAUGAGUCUCUCGAAUCGUGUUUCUGGGCAGAAGUUGAGGAGCUAAGUAUUAUGUCUGUCGGAUUAGGUAUCCGAGAGAAAGUUUCGAACCUGAAGGGUAAAGUUGAAGAGUGGAUUAGAAAUGGGGUUCAAGACCAAGACGUGUUCUUGGCAGGUUCCACUUUUGAUAAAUUGUUGAAAGCACACUUCCUAGCUAACUCUGCUCAGCCAGGAUUUAUGAAUUUGACGGCUUAGAGAAAUUUCGGGAUGUAACAAAAUUGAUGUAACUUGUUCAAUUUUGUAUUUCACCUUACGUUAUAUUGUUAUGUGUAAUAAUUUUGAAACAAUUACCAUCAUCCCAAUCAAAAUUAUUAUUUCCUUUCU